AUGGACCAGCUAAACUGGGGCAAACACCUCACAGGCGCCCUAGCCACCCUGGUAAUUACGAUUUGCUGCUACGCACUCUUCUGGCGCCCACCAAAAAGAACGGUAUCGACACCCAAACGAUUUUUGACGCUGCGUAUCGACGAGGUUCCGAUCGAUAAGUCGCGUGAAGCCCUUGAACACGACCUGAAGUCUGUUGUCGAACGGGAUCCAGGUUUGAAGGAGGACUCAAUCACCAUAAUGCAACACUCCCUCGUUCGAAGAGACCAGAAGAUGGCCUGUGCAACAGCCACUUUCCGUACUUCAAUCCCAGCGAACGAGGUGAUCAGAAAGCUACACCAAGCGCGGAGUAGUCUCCCAUACCGUUUCGAUGUCAAAUUCCAUGGUAUCACGCCGCUCUAUGAAGGUCGCGGGGGUACAGAUGUCGACGUGAUUGCCGUCCCCGGCCUUGGAAGUCACGCUAUCGGUUCCUGGAAGUCAUCCAGCAGCAAUGACCUUUGGCUUCGAGACUACCUCCCCGAUGACGUGCCCAACAUUCGAGUGCUACUAUAUGGCUACGAUACCUCACUUCAAGGUAGUGACUCCAGAGAUUCAAUUGAGGACCUAGGAAGCCGCUUUCUGGAGUCAAUUAAGGCUUUUCGUGCGGGCACUGCAGAUCGCCGUCCUAUCAUACUCAUCGGCCACAGCCUAGGAGGUUUGCUGAUCAAGGAGGCGCUAGUUCUUGCGCGCAAUAGAUCCGACGACCCGCAAAACCUCGAUCUCUGCAGAGCUUGCUACGGAUUGCUUCUCUUCGGUGUCCCAAAUCUUGGAUUGCGGAACGAACAGUUGAACAGCAUCGUACAAGGCCAGCCGAACCAUGUGCUGAUACGGGAUCUCGUAGUUGACGACGAUUCCGAACCCUCUCCGUUCUUGAAGAGAAUCUCUGACCAAUUCUCCAAGUGUUGUAAGGGUCAGUACCAAGUAAUAUCGUUCUUCGAGCGAAAACGCAGUCCAACCAUACAAAUCCAACGGGAUGGAACCCUGACCAAAACAGGUCCAAGGACGUUUAUGGUCACGCAGAAGUCCGCGACAAGCACGGGCCUGACUGCGCCAGCUGAUGAAAAUAACAUUCCUCUCAACAUGGACCACUCGGGACUGGUAAAAUACGAAAGCAGGAGCCAAGAUGAAUAUAGCAUCGUGAAGGGGAAACUCAAAACACUUGUCGCUGAGGCAAAACGGGAGGUCGGCAGACGGUUUGCAAAGAAUAACUUGACGCCAGAACAGGAGCGUUUGUGGAGUAAUUUCAAUAUGCCACCUUACACGUGGUUCAGGACAUCCACACUUGCUAAACCGGAGAAAGGAACUCUAGAGUGGCUGGUUCAAGAAAAAGCUGUCGAACAUAAUCCUGAAGUUGGGAACGAGAGCCCGCCUCAACGAAGUCUGUGCAUGGAGGACUUCAUCUCAUGGCGGGACUCAAGCAAGUCAGAAAGUCUUCUGGUGACUGCUCCGCCUGGUCGCGGCAAAUCAGUACUGUCAAAUUUCGUCUUGGGACACCUCGAGAGCGAAAUAUUGCAGAAACCGUUGCCUGCCCGUAAGGUUAUCUACUAUUUCUGCAACAUCUGGAACGACGAGGCUUCACGUAACGCGAACUCUGUACUCCGAGCACUCAUUAUUCAGCUCUGUGAGCAUCAGCUGCGCCUAUUUCGAAUCCUUCACUCGGAGUGCGAAGACCGAGAUCGCUUCUUCUCAGCACCAUUCUACUCAUUAUGGCAUAUAUUCGAGAGUAUGCUGCGAGAUGACACGUACACUCGGAUUUAUUGUGUCAUCGACGGCCUUGAUGUUUACCAAGAGGGAAUGGAUGAACUCAUCCCUAAAUUAACCGAGGAAUUCAGCCGCAGAGCCGAAGCAGGAAGUCCACUCCUGAAAUUGCUCUGCACGUCCAGACCACAAAAGGUCAUAUUGGACUUGUGGGAACAGUCAAUGCACAGGAUUCUUCGCUGCAAUGCCCAUGACCUCGACGUCUUUAUUAACUCUCGGGUCUCGUCUUUGGGAAAGAGCUUCAGAGAUGAUAUGAGACAAAGUAUUACAGACCAACUGCUCAUGCAGGCUGACAAUACGUUCCUCUGGCUUCAUGUGGUCAUCAGGAAAAUUAAAUCAAUAGACGUGCCUACUCCUAGGAAGAUCGAAGAAACAAUCAAAAAUAGCCCUCAAGAUCUGUAUGAUUUAUACCAUCGCCUAGUACACGGCAUAAUUCAGAGAGAUCGAGACAACGCUCGUCUCCUGGCGUGGGUAGUUUACGCACGGCACCCUCUGGACCUCAAAGAACUGGAAGACGCCAUGGCCAUCAAACUGACAGAGAAGUACACGAGCUACGAGCAAUGUCUCAAGGAUAGGCCAUGUCUGGUAUCAGAUGAGGUCCACAAAGUAUUUGGCACUUUGUUAGACAUCAAUAAAGGCAGGGUAUACCUCAUCCAUCAGUCCGUCAAAGACUAUUUCCAGCGUGAGGAUCCUCUUCAAAACUACAUUGGCGUUAAACCUCGACUGUUUCUGGCACAUAUCUCUAUGACAUACCUGUCUCUCGAAGAGUUUGGAUGUCCCUCGUGGGAUGUGAAUGAGCUCCUACAAGAAUAUCCACUGCUUCGAUAUGCCGCUAGCUACUGGUUUUCCCAUAUUGAGACAGCGGCCGACAUCAACUGCUACCCUCCUCUUCAGGACUUUCUCAAUGACAUCAUUCCUCCUAAUAGUCCUAAGGCAAAACUUUGGAUGAGAAUACACCGGGGCGUGGAUUUUAGGAACCCCUCUGAGGUUUUUGAAUCGCCUUCUCGGAUCAGUGAAGUGGCGAUUUCUUUCGACAUUGGAUGGCUCGUGGAGUUACUAUUGAAUAAAGAGAGAUGUGGCGUUAGUGGUAACUUCGAAAGAAAUUGUUUAUUAAAAGCCGCACGCCAAAAAGGAGCUGUGCUUAAAGUCAUGCUGAAACAUGAAAAAGGCAUGAAAUUAGCAGUAACAGGUGCUGUGGUUGAAGCCAUUGCAGCAAGUCACCAUCAUAGUAUGAUGACACUCCUUCUUGACCGACGAGGAGCAGACGUCCAGAUCAAUGAAGAGGUGGUGAAGGCAGCUGCGGGGAACUCCGGAAGUGGUAGAGAAGUGAUGACACUCCUUCUUGACCGGCGAGGAGCAGACGUCCAGAUCAGUGAAGAGGUGGUGAAGGCAGCUUCAGGGAACUACGAGAGUGGUAAGGAAGUGAUGACACUCCUUCUUGACCGACGAGGAGCAGAUGUCCACAUCACUGAAGAGGUGGUCAAGGCCGCUGCAGGGAACUCCGGGGAUGGUAAGGAAGUGAUGAGAGUCCUUCUUGACCGACGAGAAGCAGACGUUCAGAUCACUGAAGAGGUCGUCAAGGCCGCUGCAUGGAACAACUGGAGUGGUAAGGAAGUGACGACGCUCCUGCUUAACCGACGAGGAGCAGAUGUCCACAUCACUGAAGAGGUGGUCAAGGCCGCUGCAGGGAACUCCGGGGAUGGUAAGGAAGUGAUGAGAGUCCUUCUUGACCGACGAGAAGCAGACGUUCAGAUCACUGAAGAGGUCGUCAAGGCCGCUGCAUGGAACAACUGGAGUGGUAAGGAAGUGACGACGCUCCUGCUUAACCGACGAGGAGCAGAUGUCCAGAUCACUGAAGAGCUACUAUCAGCGAUAGCACAACACUUUGAUGAGGAAGUGAUGACUCUCCUGCUAGACCGACGAGGAGCAGAUGUCCACAUCAGUGAAGAGGUGGUCAAGGCCGCUGCAAAGAACUCCUGGACUGGGGUGGAAGUGAUGGCACUCCUUCUUGACCUACGAGGAGCAGAUAUCCACAUCACUGAAGAGGUAGUCAAGGCCGCUGCAGGGAACGACUGGAGUGGUAAUGAAGUGAUGACACUCCUUCUUGACCGACGAGGAGCAGAUGUCCAGAUCAGUGAAGAGCUACUAUCAACGAUAGCACAAGGCUUUGAUGAGGAAGUGAUGACGCUCCUUCUUGACCGACGGGGAGCAGAUAUCCACGUCACUGAAGAGGUAGUCAAGGCCGCUGCGGGGAACUACCGGAGUGGUAAGGAAGUGAUGAGAGUCCUUCUUGACCAACGAGGAGCAGAUGUCCAGAUCACUGAAGAGCUACUAUCAACUACAGCAGAACACUUUGAUAAGGAAGUGAUGGCACUACUACUUGACCGACAAGGAGCAGAUAUCCACGUCACUGAAGAGGUAGUCAAGGCCGCUGCGGGGAACUACCGGAGUGGUAAGGAAGUGAUGAGAGUCCUUCUUGACCAACGAGGAGCAGAUGUCCAGAUCACUGAAGAGCUACUAUCAACUACAGCAGAACACUUUGAUAAGGAAGUGAUGGCACUACUACUUGACCGACAAGGAGCAGAUAUCCACAUCACUGAAGAGGUUGUCAAGGCCGCUGCAAAGAACUCCUGGACUGGGGUGGAAGUGAUGGCACUCCUACUUGACCGACAAGGAGUAGAUAUCCACAUCACUGAAGAGGUUGUCAAGGCCGCUGCAAAGAACUCCUGGCCUGGGGUAGAAGUGAUGAGAGUCCUCUUUGACCUACGACGAGCAGACGUCCGCAUCACCGAAGAGGUUGUCAAGGCCGCUGCAAAGAACUCCUGGCCUGGGGUAGAAGUGAUGAGAGUCCUCUUUGACCUACGACGAGCAGACGUCCGCAUCACCGAAGAGGUUGUCAAGGCCGCUGCAAAGAACUCCUGGCCUGGGGUAGAAGUGAUGAGAGUCCUUCUUGACCGACGAGGAGCAGAUGUCCACAUCAGUGAAGAGGUCGUCAAGGCCGCUGCAGAGAACUACCGGAGUGGUAAGGAAGUGAUGACGCUCCUUCUUGACCGACGAGGAGCAGAUGUCCACAUCAGUGAAGAGGUCGUCAAGGCCGCUGCAGAGAACUACCGGAGUGGUAAGGAAGUGAUGACGCUCCUUCUUGACCGACGAGGAGCAGAUGUCCACAUCAGUGAAGAGGUCGUCAAGGCCGCUGCAGAGAACUACCGGAGUGGUAAGGAAGUGAUGACGCUCCUUCUUGACCGACGAGGCGCAGAUGUCCAGAUCACUGAAGAGCUACUAUCAACAACAGCAGAACACUUUGAUAAGGAAGUGAUAGCACUCCUGCUUGACCGACGAGGAGCAGAUGUCCACAUCAGUGAAGAGGUCGUCAAGGCCGCUGCAGAGAACUACCGGAGUGGUAAGGAAGUGAUGACGCUCCUUCUUGACCGACGAGGAGCAGAUGUCCACAUCAGUGAAGAGGUCGUCAAGGCCGCUGCAGAGAACUACCGGAGUGGUAAGGAAGUGAUGACGCUCCUUCUUGACCGACGAGGCGCAGAUGUCCAGAUCACUGAAGAGCUACUAUCAACAACAGCAGAACACUUUGAUAAGGAAGUGAUAGCACUCCUGCUUGACCGACGAGGAGCAGAUAUCCACAUCACUGAAGAGGUGGUCAAGGCAGCCGCAGGGAACUCCGAAAGUGGUGAGCAAGUGAUGAAAAUCUUUCUUAACCGACGAGGAGCGGAUGUCCAGAUCAGUCAGUAG